AUGGCUGCUGCGCAAAUCAAGGAAUCGGCAGAAGCGAAAGACACCAAGGUCUUUUAUGAAAUUAGAGAUAUCGAUUUAAUAGCAAAAGAGUUCAAGCAUCAUGACUUCUGUUACAGAGAAUUUACAAGAAAAGUAGCAAAUGCGAAUACUAAACAGUUCGAAGACAAUGAUGCGAAAGGUAAUUUCGACAAAGUAACAGAUUACAUACAACGAAAAGUUUUAUCCCCAAAUCAGGCCAUCUCUAUGACAGUAGGCUACUACAUGAUUUUUAUGGUCUCCAUACCCAAGAUACCAGAUAUAGAAGCAAGUUAAAAAAUAGGAUUGUUACAAAAUUUCCUGACCAAUUAUUAUUUUUAACAAUUGACGCUAAAACACCUCAAGUUGUGAUCAGCUGUGAAGGAACAAAUAAGAAUACAUUAUUGAAAAAUCACGAGGAAGUAAUCAAACAAGCGGCUGAAUAUGUUCGAGAAGACAUACGAGAAUAUGCGCGAGAUUCUCCCGAAUUACAAUGGCCACCAUAUAUCGAGGAACUUGCUGCUGAAACUCGCCCGGUUCCCUCGUCAGUUAGAUCAUUCUUAAUUCGUCUCCUGACUGACGACAGAUAUUCGCCAUCUUUGAACGCUCAACGUUUGGUACAAUCGUAUGCUGCUGAUCUUGUUCAUGGGGUUACAAGAGGAAACGUUAUGACCGCGAAACAUUUUUUAAUAGGUCUUGGUUUACACAGCAUUACAGGGAAAAAGAAACCAAUUCAACUACUCAACCUGUUAGAACACUCAAUAGACUACAAUAUGGUAUGUGAGAUUGAAACGGCUCAUGCACAAGCCAAUCAAAAGAUCUCUGAAACACAUGGUACAACUGCAACUGAAGAACAUGCGGUGUUAACGUUUUUUGGGCGGACAACUUCGAUAUGAAUCUUGAAAUACAAACUGGUCAUGGCGCAAUAAAUUCUACACACAUGAUUCCAUUCCAGGAAGAGUCACAAUUCACGAUGGAAAGAAGCACAUCGAAGGUUAAAUUCGCAAGAACAGGAAAACGCUCGAUUGCACAAAGUCAUAUGGAAGGUGAAGAAAUGCAAGUUAAUCCAAAGAAAGAGCCUCCCAGUUUUGUUAAUUAUUCAGCUGAUGAAAUAGUGAAAAUUAAGCCAGAGACUGUCUGCGGAACGUUUCCUGACGUGGAUGAUACUUCGACUGAUUAA